AUGCCGCUGAAGAUGCCGAGUUUGAGGUCUCCGACUGCUCCUGGGGAGCAGCGGCGGGGCUCGGGUCUGCGCAGGAAACUUAGCUUGUCGUAUUCGUUCAGGAAAGACUCGGCAGACAAACUUCUAUGGGACAUGGUGCCCUUGCUCCCCGAGUGGGACUUGAAGAGCCCGCCGAACGAAGGGAUGUUUUGCUCUCCCUUGUCCGCGACAUUUGUGGCCUCGCCAGAAUCCCUCACCCCCACGGACCGAUUCCCAACCCUCACCCCCACGGACCAUUCCCCAACCCGGGUCUGCUCCGACAUGAAGCUCCCCUACGAGCUCUGGACGCUCGUGUUCGACCGCCUCGCCGACGGCUACGACAUCCACGCGCUCGCCCUCGCCUGCCGCGGCCUCCACGCCGUCGCGCAGCCCGCGAUCGCGCGGCACGCCGCCCUCGCCGCCGCGCACGGCACCGCGACGGCCGAGACCCACGACGCCCUCUGCGCGCUGUACGACCGCGCGCUCGCGUCCCCGCCCGCGCGCUACGCCGUCACGACCCUCCGCUUCCGCUGCGCGGUCCGCUGGGACCUGAGCGUCGCGGCGCGCCUGCCGCGCCUCCUCGCGCUCCUCCCGAAUAUCAGAACGCUCGCGCUCGACAUAGAGAGCGCGGAGGUCGCGGACGCGUGCGCGCGCGCGGGGUUCGCGGACGUGCGCCUCCCGCGCCUCCGCGCGUUCGAGACGAACAUGGGCUGCGCCGCGGCCGUCGCCGCGUUCGUGGAGGCGCACCCACGCCUGUGUGACCUCGCCCUGCUUCCGGGCGCGGUCGUGCCCGACUGCGAUGACGACGGCGACGCUGCCGCCCCGACGCUCUCCGCCCCGACCUUCAGCAGCAGCAGCAGCAGCAGCAGCCGUGCCACAGCCUCCGACGCACACCGCCCGCUGCACACCCCCGGCCUGCGCACGCUCAGCGGUGGGCUCGAGACCGCACUCGCGUGCGCGGGGUCCGCGCGCGCGCUGACGCACCUGCACGUGCGCGCGCACGCGCCGCACGCGCUCGCCCGCGUCGCCGCCGCGCUCGGGCCCCGACUCGUGAGCCUCCGCCUCGGCGCGCUCGAGCGCAUCGUCAUGCCGGACUCCCCCCUCGCGGCGGCGGCGGCGCCGUGGGCGGUCCCGGACGUGCUCGCGCGCUUCCCGCGGCUGCGGUACCUGCAGAUGCACAUGGCCGAGCCCGACUUCGUCCCGCUGCCGAUCCAGUGGCAGGCCACCACGCACCCGACGCGCGCGGGCCACCGCGGGAGCAAGUCCGCGCCCCCGGCGCUCGCCCCCACGGUCGAGCUCGAGCCCGCCGCCGAGCGCGCGCUCACGGUCGGCUGGGUGCUCGAGGAGGAGGCGUGGGGCACGGUGCUGGACGCGAGCGACCCGGACCAGGUCCGGGUGCUGUUCGAGGAGGUCGCGCGGGACGUGUUGAGGCGGUGGGCGCCGCGCGUGGGGCGGGUCGUGUAUGGGGACGCGGGCGUGCCGGACACGGCGGUCGUGCUCGAUGCGGCGGGGGAGCGCGUCGUGCGCGUGCGGGAGGAGAGGCUGGGGGAGGAUUUUUGGAAGCGUGUUUAA